AUGUUUUUAGAUGAUGGUCUUGCUGGUGAUAAAGAUUUUGCCACUGCUUUACAGUGUAGUAAACAAGUUAAACUUCAAUUAGAAGAUUUGGCUUUUUUAAUAGCGCAUAAAAAAUCUCACUGGUUUCCUUGUCAAAAAUUAGAUUGGCUCGGUUUCACAUGGGAUAUCAAAAAUGGUAACAUAUUUGUCAAGGAAGAUAGGAUAGAGAAAUUAGAAAAAUAUUUGAAUUUUGUUUUGUUUCAAGUGACUAAUGGAAAGAUUUUAUUCAGAGCUAGAUUUAUAGCAAGUAUUGUUGGUAAGCUUAUUUCAAUGCACGCCGUUUUUGGCAAUGUAGUACGUAGAAAUACUAGAUUUAUUUAUGAUUGUGUUAUGUCUAAAGCCAGUUGGCAAGCUUGUGGCAGAAUAACGCACGAAGCUUUAAGCGAAUUAAUGUACUGGAAUCUUCACUGUAGAAAUAUAAAUACAGUAGGUGCUAAGAUAAGCACGGUAACAGUCAAUACUUUGUUUGACUGUGAGAUUUUUUGUGACGCCUCAGAUGUGGGCUUUGGUGGUUAUACUACACCUUUUGCUGAUUCUCAUUUUGAGAAUUUUGAAACAUUUGGUAAUUGGACCAAACCGGAAAUGGGUGAAAGUUCUACAUGGAGAGAAUUAGAAUGUGUCAGAAGGGUAUUAAAGACAUUUAAUGUCACUGAAAACAAACAAAUUAAAAUUAAUUCCGAUAACAAGAAUGUUGAGCAUAUUUUGAAAGUAGGUAGCAAGAAAUUGAAAUUACAAUCAAUUGAUACCUCUAUUAUUGAUUUUUGCGAAGUUCAAAAGAUUAACUUAACACCUUAUUGGACACCAAGAACUGAAAAUAAUGAUGCAGAUUAUCUGAGCAGAGUCAUGGAUCAUUACGAUUGGGGAAUAGAACCCUCAAUUUAUCAUUAUUUGUGUAAUUUAUGGGAAAUUUGUACUGUAGACAGAUUUGCUACACACUAUAACUCUCAGUGUGAAAGAUUUAAUUCAAAAGUAUGGUGUCCAGGGACAGAAGCUGUAGAUGCUUUCACUCAGUUUUGGGGUAACGAUGUAAACUGGCUCGUACCGCCACCUAUCUUAAUUACUAAAACUCUGAAUAAAUAA